AUAUUAUCACACUUGGAGUCGAAAUUACGGUCGCUAAAGAAGGUAUUGAAAAAAAAAAUGAAAAUAAUAUCAACUGGUGUGUUAUAAAUAUGACUUCAUGUUUUAACAAGUAGUUCAGUGUUGCGUUGGUAUCCGGUCGGGCAAAUAUUUGGAAUCCGUUUUCGAACUGUAACAGGACUGUGUUGUUUACUGGUGAUUCGGAAAAAAAACAAGACUUCAAAUCAUGAGAAUUAAUAAGUGUCUACAAGUGUGCUUAGUGCUAUGUUGUGUAGUAAUUAGCAUAUCUGCAUUGAAGAAGAAACGAGGAUUGUAUCAUGGAUUACCGGGUUAUAGUAUAGCAAUAGGAGCCGGUGCAUACAGACCGUACCAUUCCAGUCCAUAUGCUAAAUUUCCAGGAUUUUACAAAGGAUAUAGUGGUGCGCUAUCGCCGGGAUAUGCGCUGUUUCCCGGUGGAGCAACGGUGGCAUCAUAUCAAAGAAAUUUCCCGAGAAUACCAGUGUAUACACCACAAUAUUUGCCACCGCUUGGAGUUCCGUCAACAGUUUUACGGCCGGUCACAAAUUUCGCAGCACUGGCACCAGCAGCCCCAGUAGCUCCGGUAGCACCAGCAACACCGUUGAUUCCUGCAUAUCCAGCCACACAACAGAUUCCUGAUGUUCACACUCCCACAUACAUUCCAAUUGGAAACACGCAGCAAACAUCCUUCUUUGCCACCUACCCUCAAAAGCCGAUUAUUCCUGUAGCAGUUCCCGUACCAGAAAAGCCCAAAGUACCACUUUUCAUCCAAAAACCGCUCUACACUGGUUAUCCAAAUGUGAUCGCAACGGGAGUGCUUCCGGCAGGAAUAUACAACCCUCAAGUCGCCGUAUCAAAUGUUUCACCCACCUUCGUGGGGGUUCCUAUUGCGGGACCGACAGUCAGUACGCCUGCAGUAUCGACCGCCACGGUGCCUCAAACCGCUCAACAACCGUGGCGUCCGGUGGUUCUACACCACCCGACACCGGCCCCAAGCACAACGACGGCUUACAAACCAUCAAUCAACUUACUACCUCCAUACAAUUUGCCUGGAUCUCAGGGUCAGAUAUACAUAAGCAGCACACCCGCGACAAUCGUUCAUCAGGACAGCCAGCAGCAACAGCAGCAGACGUUGCUUGAUCUAGAACAAGCAUCCUUUCAUCAUCACAGUCAGCAGGAGGAUGGAAACGGUGCAUUCAACGGACAGCCGUACGACGUAGCUUCAAAUCACGGCCGGUACAGCGGACCUUCCAGCUACGAUGUCGAUAUUACCCACAACGGAUAUCAAAAGAAGUAAGAAAACGGUGACUUAUCCUACAAGGAUUGGCCGGGUCCAAUUGCCAUACUUUCUGUGUUUAAAUAGAGAAGAAAACAAUUAGAAAUAUUCAUUCCUCAAUUUGUGUUUCAAUUCUACCCAAGCGAACGAAAGACCUCAACUGAUACGGAGCAACGAACCUUUUUUUUUUUUGAAUCAAUCGCGAUUCAUAUUGUCGCAUUUCACUCUUUUAUCAUCUGAUUUUUAUUUCACUAUACGAAGCAGAAAUUGUAGGUAUA